CCCCAACGGACAGCAGAUCUACAAGCUUUGACGCGGGCUUGGGUGGCGGAAAGAUGUGCGCCUGAAUUAUUACCUUAUCCGGAAGAAUUGAUCGAGAGGGUGAUGGAGAGGGUGAAAUUGCAGGUGAGUUGGGUGAUUUUGUGCUUCUGGAAUUUCUUGAGAUGUAAGGGAGGGGAGUCUGAGAAAGCGAGGCUGAAGAUGGAAAGAAGAAGACAGAAUUGGUGGUAGAAAGAUAUCAAAGUUCCUCGAAGAAGGGUUAGCAGGAGAGAGAAACGGAGGAGAUAAACAGGCUGCGAGGGAGAAGAUCACAGGCGACCAUUCGACCACGAGCACAAGACACGAGGAACAAAGACCAGAAGGAGGAGAAAAAGCUGACAAGAAACUCUUUCGAAAAAGUAGAUCGAAACCGUAGAAGACAUGACGGGAACAAUGGACCCCUCGGCAAACUUCAACCUCAUAAUAACACAAACCGAACUGGAAAGAUUCAAGUUCCUCAUCCGCUCUUUCCUACGAGCAAGGAUAGCAAAACUAGACAAACACCCCCAUCACCACCUACCCUCCCCGAAUCUCUCACCAACCGAACAACAAUACCUGACCCACCGCUGCACACUCCUCUCCCACCACGUCCAAACCUCCUUCCUCUCCUCCUUCCCCGCACAACUCCAAAAACUCGACGACACCGCCGGCGGAAUUUCAAUGAUCGACGCGCCGGAUCCGGAAACAGCGGUUUUCGUCAGGAUGCUGAGGGAUGCAGGGACGGUGGAGGUGCAGGGGGAGGAUGGAGUGGGCGUGGUGGAGUUGAGGAGGGGGGAUGUUUGGUGUGUUAGGUGGAGUGCGGUGAAAGAGGGAGUGUUGAGGGGGGAUGUGGAGAUGGUUUGAUGUGCGUAAGAGGGGAGGGAAGGUAGAGAAAAGGGCUGGUGGAGUGUUUUCUGUGCUAUCAUGGAGGCAAUAAUGAGAAGCCAUGCAAGACCACUGUCGUCUCCACACGAUGCUAAGUCAGAACGUCCAUUUCAGUCUUCUGAUACGAUAUUUGUUCUCCUUUGCAAGCGAUAUUGUGCAAUAGUACCUGUAUGGCUUGGGUAUUCACUCUGCAAGCGGAAUUCCAGGUAGCGCACCGCCGCA